CAUGCCACCAACCCUGAAGUCUAGACACAUGUAACCUUUGCAUAAAGCACAAUCUUAGUCACUCCUGGCAUCCAAACCAUGAGACCAAUUUCGAUAAAAGAUGGCACUCAUAACCUUCGCAAGCAGGCUCCGAAGAACAAACUGCCAACUCUUCCUGCCAUUCAUCCUAACCUCAACUACUCACCCACUGCCUCCUCAUCCUCCUACCUCACAACACACACAACACUAUUUCACUUUGGCAUUUCAUCAAACAAUUCUCGUCCCCUUUCAUUCCCUCCGAAACAGCCCCCAUUUCUCUACACUCCAAGCCUCCCACAAUCAAAGUCUAUGUGAACCAGUCGAUUUUGUUGAAUACAAACCCAAAACCCAUCAACAAAACCAAUCGGGUGUUCAUGAAUUGGUGCAGUUACUCAAGAAGGCCAAGGGUUUUGUUUCAGAAGAAGAAGCCAUUGCUUUUCUUGAUGAUUCCAGGGUCGAACUGAAUACAGAUUUGAUUCAAUCGACGAUUUGGGAAGUGAGAGAUGAAUGGAAAUUGGCAUUCCUGGUUUUCAAAUGGGGUGAGAAAUGGGGUUGUAAUGUUGAAAAAACUUGGGGUUUGGUGAUAUGGGUAUUGGGUAACCAUAAAAAGUUCAACAUUGCGUGGUGCUUGAUUCGUGACUUGCAUCGGUCUUCUUCGAUGGAUACACGAGCAGCUAUGCUUAUUAUGAUUGAUAGCUAUGCAGCUGCAAAUGAUCCAGGCAAGGCUAUACAAACGUUCCAAAUAAUGGAGAAGUUCAGAAUAACUCCUGAUCUGAAAGCAUUCUAUGCACUCUUGAAUACUCUCUGUAAGCAUGGAAACAUUGAAGAGGCUGAAGAGUUUAUGUUUCUAAAUAAGAAGCUCUUCCCCUUGGAAAUUGAGGGCUUCAGCAUAAUUCUCAAUGGGUGGUGUAAUAUAUGUCUUGAUGUAUUUGAAGCUAAGAGAGUCUGGAGAGAAAUGUCCAAUUGCUGUAUUACGCCAAAUGCAACAUCGUAUACCCACAUGAUCUCCUGCUUCUCAAAGGUCGGGAACCUCUUUGACUCACUGAGACUGUAUGAUGAAAUGAAGAAAAGGGGCUGGGUCCCAGGCCUCGAGGUUUACAAUUCUUUGAUUUUUGUACUUACUCAUGAAAAUUGCCUGACAGAAGCUCUUAAUAUUUUGGACAAAUUGAAAGAGGCUGGUUUGCUACCUGAUUCUGCCACUUACAACUCUAUGAUACAUCCCUUGUGUGAAGCAAAAAAGCUAGAGGAGGCAAGAACCAUAUUGGCUUCUAUGGUGGGGGAGAAUGUCAGUCCAACUAUUGAAACAUACCAUGCAUUUCUCAAUGGUGCAAGUUUGGAGGAAACUUUAGAAGUUCUUAGCCGUAUGAGGAAAGCGGGUCUUGGUCCGAACAAGGAUACCUUUCUUCUGAUUUUCAGUAAAAACUUCGAAUUGGAGCAACCUGAGAAUGCAUUGAAGAUUUGGGCGGAAAUGAAGCAGUACGAGGUAAUGCCUGAUUGUGCACAUUACACUUCGUUGGUGGAGGGGCUGGCAAUGUGCGGGUUAUUGACCAAGGCGAGAGAACUCUAUGCUGAAAUGAGAUCAAGUGGCAUUUUAGACAACCCAAAGCUCCAGAUGCUCUUGAAGGAACCAGUACGAGGUAGCAAUAAUGAAAGAGAAUCAGAAGGGCAGCCAAGUGUUGUGAGAUGCAACAAGAGAGGUACCCAGGUAUGUCUUGGGAAAAGCAGUUCGAUUAGAAGAAAAAACCGUGGUAAGCAGUCUAGAAAUAAGCAAGCAGGCAUAACAUAGAACUCUGACUAAAUAUUCUAAAUCUGUGAAAGAUCAUCUGCGUCUAGCUUGAAAAUUGAAAUGCCAGUUUGCUAAUAAUGUGGCAUCUGAUGGUGAUCGGUCAGAGUAUGGUGUAGCUCAGGGAAGGCUCUAUAAAAGGAUAACUUUAUAAACUUUACAGCUACAUUAGCAAGCGGUAGUUCAAUUGGUAUCUGUAACCCGCUCAUGGAAAUCUCAGAAGCAAGAAGUCAGAGUUCAUGUCGUUGCUCCGAAUAGAGUGGGUCUCCGUGGUUAUACAUGAUUCUAACUUGAGGGAAACAUGUGUUCUUAAUGCACAAAGUGAAGGCCUAAGGGAAGGUUUUAUUUAGCAGCUGAUUAAGGAGGUAGCAACAUGUUUAUAGAAGAUUAUUCAAGAGCCUCUCAUGGAUUGUUAGUCAUGACUCGUUUGGAUUGUCAUUAUGCUGAAAUUAACUUUCAAAAUUCCAAUUGCCAGAAGCAAAAAAAAGGGAAGCCGACCGAUUUUGUUUUUUGCAUUAUAUUUUGGUUAAAUGAAGGCCAAGUUUGUUUGAAUGCUAUUAAGAAUGGAUUUGGAAAUGUCUUUUAUAAGUUUGGAUUUUCAAGUGGUUUCAAAAUUUUCAUUUUGAUCUUUUGGCUCGAUUUUGUAAAGAAUUGAUGCAGUAAAUUGAAUAUGAAUCAGAAUUGAUGCA